AUGUCGACUACCGUCAGCGUCCAGAACAUCUCCGCCCAGACCUCUGAGAAGGAAGUUCGCGACUUCUUCUCUUUCUGCGGCAAAAUCUCAAACAUCUCCGUCACCCCCGAGUCCAACGAGGCCGACAGUGUCAAGUCUGCGUCGGUCACCUUCGAGAAGGAGUCUGCUGCCAAGACCGCUCUUCUCCUUGACAACACCCAGCUCGGUGCCAACCAGGUCCACGUUACUUCUACCGCUUCUCUCGACCAGCUUGCUGGCGGCAAGCUCUCUGCUGCCGACGAAGAAUCCUCGGACCACAUCUCGCAAGAGGACAAGCCCCGCUCUCGCAUCGUUGCAGAGUACCUUGCCCACGGCUACACCAUCAGCGAUAAGGCCAUCGAGCGUGCUCUUGCCCUCGAUCAGCAACACGGUGUCAGCGCUCGUUUCACCUCUACUCUCCAACAAUUCGAUGCCAAGUACCAGGCCACCGCAAAGGCUCAGGGCAUUGACCAGAAGUUCGGUGUCUCUGACAAGGGUGUUGCUGCCUGGUCUGGCUUGAACUCAUACUUCGAGAAGGCUAUAAGCACUCCCACUGGCCAGAGGCUCAGAGACUUCUACAACCAGGGCAGCAAGCAAGUUCUCGACGUUCACAACGAGGCCCGUCACCUUGCCAACCUCAAGACUGGCAAGAACGACGUUCACUCUGUCGGAAACGGCAAGACCAAGUGCUCCUGCUCUAGCGACGCUGGUGCUUGCCCUUGCGCUCCUGGACACUGUGCCUGCUCUGGCUGUGCCAAGAACUCUGACAAGUCUUCCGGUGUCACUUCUGAGUCUGCCGACAUGAAGGUCGUUUCGGAGGAGCCCAGAAAGACCAAGUGCAACUGCGGUGGUGCUGAGGGUUCCUGCCCCUGCCCUCCCGGCCAGUGCACUUGCAACGGCUGCGCUAAGGCUUCGUAA